AAAAUGGCGGAAGGACCUUACGGCCGGAGUUGCAAGAACAAAUGCACCGACCUUAAAAAGUGAUACUAUCCGGAGGGAACGUUGCAGGAGAGGAAUCAGUUAAAAUUUCGGAUCGAUCUGGGCGAGGAAGUCCUCCAGUUUUAGUUCAUUGUAACUCAUCUUGCAUGAUGCAACUUACCGGGACAGUUUCACCAUUCAGUGACUGCGGUGGGACUGGUGUUUCCUCAUCAAAGUUGUCACCUCAACACACAAACUCUGAAUGUAGCUUUUGUAAUUUUAUUUGCGGAGGCUGUUUGUAACAAAGCGACUGCAAUCUCAUUUUCCAGAUGCAGAGAAAUUGAUGGUCCCUGAUCCCUGCAAGUGAUUUCAACAGCGGCAAAAGCAGUUUAAAUCAUCCAGUAACCAACUACCUUGAAGAAAUUACUUGGGUUUCAUGAUCAAGAUCAGAAAUUAUGUCCAGCCAGCCGGUUGAUAUUAUUGACAUUGGAAAGCGGAAGAAGAAAAAGAGAAGAACAAGGGCUACGAGCAGCCUUACUGGAAAGUUUGAUGAUUUGUACAAAUUGACUGAUGAACAACUAGGUGAAGGAUCGUACGCCAAGGUCCGAGGCUGUGUCAAUCUACACAGUGGAAAAGAAUAUGCUGUAAAGAUAAUUGAGAAGAAAACAGAUCUGAGCCGAAAUAGAGUGUUCCGUGAAGUUGAGACUUUAUACCAAUGUCAAGGAAGCCAGAACAUUUUAGAACUGAUCGAAUUUUUUGAGGAUGAAGCGCACUUCUAUCUGGUGUUUGAAAAAAUGCGUGGAGGUUCCAUUUUGACCCACAUCCAGAGAAGAAAGCACUUUAAUGAGAGAGAAGCAAGUAUUGUUGUGAAAGACAUUGCAUCUGCCUUGGAUUUUCUGCACACCAAAGGUAUAGCACAUAGAGAUCUGAAGCCAGAGAACAUACUUUGUGAAUUCGCAGAACAGAUAUCCCCGGUGAAGAUUUGCGACUUUGAUCUUGGCAGUGGGGUGAAGUUGAGCAGUGCAUGUACUCUAAUUUCAACUCCUGAGCUGAUGACACCGUGUGGUUCUGUGGAAUACAUGGCUCCUGAAGUAGUAGAGACAUUCACCGAGGAUGCAUCAUUUUACGACAAGCGUUGCGAUUUGUGGAGUCUUGGAGUAAUACUGUACAUCAUGCUGAGUGGCAACCCACCCUUUGUGGGGAACUGUGGAACAGACUGCGGCUGGGACAGAGGCGAGGCCUGUCUGGCUUGUCGGAACAUAUUAUUUGAGAGCAUACAGGAAGGUAAAUAUGAGUUCCCUGAGAAGGACUGGGCUCACAUCUCUGUUGGGGCCAAGGAUUUGAUUUGUAAGUUGUUGGUGCGUGAUGCAAAGGAUAGGCUCAGUGCUGGACAAGUUCUUCAGCAUCCCUGGGUGCAGGGGAAUGCACCGGAAAGACGUUUGCCUACACCACAACUAUUACAGAGAAACAGUAGCACAAAGGAUCUGACUGAUUUUGCUGCAGAAGCCAUUGCCUUCAAAAGGCAGCUUUCACAGCAAGACGAGGAGAUGCGAGGGGAACAGGAAGCAAUCAUCAAGACUGUUUGCUCUAUGCGGCUUUCCCCUCCUUCCAAUUCCAAACUUGCUAAACGUAGGGCCAAGACACAGGCUGAGAAAAUCUCUCAGUGGCAGUUACCCAUCUCAACAAUGAGUGUCUAUGAUGGGACUUCUUGACAUAUAUCAAAUAGAUUUUAUCCAAUACAGAACUGCUGUGACGUAAUGGCCUAGUCAAACAGUCAGUACCUGACUGCCCUUGUUUCUGUGGUUUUGGACAUAACUUAUGUAGUUCUUCAAAGUUUUAAUUUAGAAGGAACAUGAUUUGCCUGCUCAACCUAUAGCAGCCAACUUUAAUAAUUUUGUACAAUGAGAGGUUAUAGUACAAUAUUUUUAAACAUUGUACAUUGUUACAAAUAUAUUUAUUUUUAUCUUAA